GUUCUACAGCAUAAAUAGAUAGAUUAGAGCUGAUAAAAAGCAUAGAUUAGAGCAUUCAAUUUUAAUCGUGUCGUGCUUUAACGACUUCUUUUUACCUUUUCGUCCAUAUAUAAUUAUAUAUAUACAUAUAUGUAUAUUUAAUUAUAGAUUUAUGUGUAUACGUGUGUAUGUGUAUAUGUAUGUGUUUAUAGAUAUAUAUAAACAUGACGAGGUAUACCCCUUUGCCAACAGAAGAAGACUUUAGACUGCUCAGGAACAGUAGUAUACCGGGAGAAGAAAUAGAAAUGUCUUUAGAAAAAGACAAGGAAAAAGGAGGGUUUGAAAGCCAACAAGAUCCUGAUAUAGUAUUCACGCGGAAAAUAUCUCAGCUAUGGGAACACCCGAUCAUCAACGAUAACGUACCCGCUGCCAACGAUGUAAAGGCUUGGGUGCGUUGGACGCUAGCGUGGCUCAUACCUGGCUUGGGGAUGUUCAUGGAGUCAUAUAUGAUUUUCAGCACGGGCCAGAUAAAGACCAUCUGGGGCGAGGCCUACCCUACUUGUUGGAGUCCGGACGAAGAACCCGUAUGUAUAGAUGCAGUACAAUGUCCCAAUCUAUUCCCCGGCACUGAAAAUGUCACCCCCGACGCUAGCUACUGCACGGCGGAUGGGAGCUAUCCGGACGACGUUCUGUGCGACGCAGGCGUGCUCAACUCCGUAUCCUUCACGGAGUUUGCGGGCGUCAUAGUCGGCAUGUUAUUGCUGUCCAUGUUUGCUGACCGCAUGGGCAGGAGGGCUGGGUCACUUGCCACCCUGGUCCUCAUGACCAUUGCUGGUCUUUUCAUGACCAUGUCGCUGCCGGUGAAUGGGUUGCAGUCCAUCUUCCUGUGGUUUGCCAUCGCAUAUUUUGUCUUUGGUUUCGGAGUGGGUGGAGAGUAUCCCGUGAGUGCAUCCUCUGCUGCCGAACGGUCUCAGGCGAAUGCCACCAGUGUGUCGAGAGGCAAGGAUGUUGGUUUGACCUUCAGUUGCCAGGGAAUCGGCGCCUUUGCAGGUUCCUGUGUGAUCGUUCUCCUUCUGGUCAUUGUGGGAGAAAACAGUCCAGACUGUUUAGCAGACGAUGCUAAUGCAAUGGGGCACUCUCAAAAGAAUCUGGAGAUCGUAUGGCGUGUCACCUAUGGUCUUGGAGUGGUGAUCGCCGCUGCUGUGGCAAUCUACAGAUACUUCAGGCUGAAGGAAUCAACUGUUUGGCAAGAUGCUAAAGAUCGUCGGAAUAUCAAAUUUUUGGAGGGGAAGUACAAGAUUGACCUUAACAACCCCAUUGCCCAGUAUAAGGUGGCCUUCACGCACUACUGGAGUCGUAUCAUCGCGACCGCUGGCUGCUGGUGUCUUUGGGAUGUUGCCUUCUACGGCAACAAAUUGUUCAGCGGUCCAAUAUUCGCCCAACUGGUGCCGGAUGGAAGCCUUAUCACAGUCAACCUGUACAUCUGCCUGAACAACUUUGUAGCUCUUAUCGGUUACUAUGUGGCGGCAUCACUCAUUGACAGGCCUUGGUGCGGUCGCCGUCGCCUACAGCUGUUUGGGUUUACGAUGAUGUGUAUUCUGUUUGCCGUGUGCGCUGCACUGUUUGAUUCGUUAGAUGCGAAUGUGUUGCUGUUCCUGUACAUCUGCACGUCUUUCUUCGGACAGUGUGGGCCGAACAUGACCACCUACGUGACUCCGACAGAGGUGUACCCCGUUGCCCUGCGUGCCACUUGCCACGGCCUGAGUUCGAUGUGUGGUAUGACAGGUGCUCUGACGGCCACCAUUGUCUUUGGGUACCUCGACACGGAUAUUAUUUUUGCGGUCUGCUCUGUCGUAUCCUUCAUCAGCUUGUUCUUUACUUAUAUCUUCAUGCCUAACGUCACGGAGAUGCAUCUUGUCGAGAAUGAUCGUUACCUGGAGAUGAUUCUCACCGGACGCGCGGACGAAUACCAUGGGGAGGUGAGAAACCCCAAAUUCUGUUCAAACUUCGAACGAUGGACUGGUUUCUGUGAAACCUAUAAUCCCAAUUUCUUGACAGAGUUCCAGAGUAAGUUGGAGAAAGAGUUACUGGAGAACGAGGUCGAGACGCCCGAUACUUACACAGUUAAGGAAUCUUCAAACGCAGUCGAUAAUUCUUCAUCCAAGUUGGCUUGAACUUGAGUCGAGCUUCAACAGUCCUAAUACGUAUUACGUGGGACUUCAGUAAUUAGCCGUAAUACGUGGUAUCAUCCAUUUAAAAACUGAUACAAUAAAUGUAGUAGUAGUAGAAAUAUAGAUCCAUGAUGCAUACGAGAAUCUUUCUGUACAGAUCUCUAAAGCCUCUAACCGCUGUUGUGUGUAAAUCCUCGAAAAUACCACUCACCAAUAACUUACAGGCCUGUAUGCCUGUUGAAUACUUGUUUAUUCACCAAUACAUAUAUCUACGUACACCUAUCUAGUAGCUCACUUUUUUGGAAUAGCC